ACCCAAUGCCUACAGUGUUGCGCCAUCUUAGCUACAACUACUCAAAGAUGUCUCCCACAUGCUUGCUAGUAUUGUUGCUUGGAAUGGUGGUUCUCACCAGUACUCCAUCUCUUGCUCAUUACCCCAAGCCCCCGCCAUUUCAGAAGCCACCUCCGGAGCACAAGCCUCCAGGGGAGAAGCCAUCUCCAGAACACAAGCCACCAACAAAACCUCCCAAGGGAGAGAAGCCACUCCCAGAACAUAAGCCGCCGACUCCAAUUGGCAAACCUCCCAAGGGAGAGAAGCCACCCCCAGAACAUAAGCCGCCAACCCCAAUUGGCAAACCUCCCAAGGGAAAAAAGCCACUUCCAGAACAUAAGCCGCCGACUCCAAUUGGCAAACCUCCUAAAGGAGAGAAGCCACCCCCAGAACAUAAGCCGCCAACCCCAAUUGGCAAGCCUCCCAAGGGAGAAAAGCCACUCCCAGAACAUAAGCCGCCAACUCCAAUUGGCAAACCUCCCAAGGGAGAGAAGCCGCCCCCAGAACAUAAGCCGCCAACCCCAAUUAGCAAACCUCCCAAGGGAGAGAAGCCACUCCCAGAACAUAAGCCGCCAACCCCAAUUGGCAAACCUACCAAGGGAGAGAAACCACUCCCAGAACACAAGCCACCAACCCCAAUUGGUAAACCUCCUAAGGGAGAGAAGCCACCAAGCCCAUUUGGCAAACCACCUACGGGAGAGAAGCCACCACAUUAUGGUCACACUCCCGGGCAUCCUCCUGCACACUCAUACAAGCCGCCUCAGAAAAUAAAGCCUCCUCCAACUCCUCCCCACAAGCCACCCCACAAACCACCAUCUCCCACCUAUCCCAACUGAGUGAAUUUGGUUAUUACGAGUGGUGGUAUACAUGUGAAAAAUAAGAGCUGCAGCGCACUGGUCUUGUCCUUUCCUCUGGGUGGAUAGUGUUCUAUGUAUGAGUCUCUACGACGCCCUGUUGGCAAUUGCUAUGAGUUAUUCAUGGAAGUUCUUGUAUGCUUGUAGGUGAUCAUGAACAAUGUAACACUGCUUAUUCUAAUUCUAUUUUAUGGAGAAUAUUGGGUGUCACCAUUGCUGCUAUCUACACUUUAGAUUUGCUUUUAUUAAAGUACAUGCAUGGUCUAUAUCUUUAAUUUAGAAACCAUUGACAAAGGCUGAUAAAUUACAAUUUAGUUUCACAGCAUGGACAGGAGGGUUGGUGGGAAUUAGGAAGUCACAUGGAGACUGCUCAAUGCAAAUAUUAAAAAGCCAUAGGGACUCAGUUUCAAUUAAACCCCCCAAAUCCACAUACGUCUCCUAUUUGAACCAUUGAAGUCAACAUGUCACCAGUCUUCUCUAACAAACCUUGUCAAAUUCCCACAGAAUCGAAAAUAUUCCUUGUGGGCCGCAAUUAUUAUUUAAAUUUCAAUCAAGGAACACUCCAGGAAUGGUAAUUACAAACGUCAAAUUGGAGUUUCGAUGUGGACAGAAUGACUUUCAAGGUUACAAACAAGGUUGCUGUUGCUGAUAACGGAAUCCAAUCACAAUCAAGGUUUAACACGGCUCUCCAUUAAUGACCUUGUACUACUACCCCGAAGCUCAUC